AUGCCCUGACUAUGGAUCACAAAAGAUUAUUUCAGAUAUAUUUGGAAAAAAAAUGGAGGGGGACACUGCAAAAGCUGUGUUCUUUCUUUAUCUCUCUAGAGUCUAGAGUGAAGGUGCAUGAAUAGUUGUCGGCAGAGGGGACAGCCUCCAGGCAGUAUAAAUACUAAACUUUCUCUCUCUACAAGGGCUUCUGUUGCGUUCUGAUGCCUCUCCCUCGAUCAGAGUGGAUCAAAGCUUUCAGACACAUCCCCAUGGUUCCUGCGUGCUCAAAACAAGUGUUUCCCUCUCCUUAACAGUUUGUCCUUCAUGCCUUACACCUGUAAGAACCAAUAACCUCUCUCUCUAGACUCUGUCUCCCUCUCUCUAAGUGCAUUCUCUUUAUUAUGCUUCAAACUUGUUGGGACUAGACCACUCAUUUCUUUACUGUUCCUGUCUCUCUGAAUGCAUUCUCUUUAUCAAGCUUCAAACUUGGUGGGACUGAACCACUCAUCUCUCUACUGUUUAUCUAUCUCUCUAUGAGUGAGGUUCUCUUUCUUUUUUCCCUUUAGUGGGUUUUUCAAAAGGUUUAGGAGUUUGAAAAUGCACUCCAAUGAAUGUGUCUAAUAUCUGGUUCAGGUGAUGGGCCUAUUUUUUGGCAUUGACUCAUGAUGAGUGUUUUUGAAGCUUUUUGUUGGACCCCAAUUUUUUGAGAAAUCUUUGAUGGGCUGUUUCCAAGCUCUAUGAAUAAAAUGCAAGUUUUGGGACUUCUUUUAACCCACAGUCUCUCUCUCUCUCUCUCUCUCUCUCUCUCUCUCCCCUAUAUUUUUUAAGUGCCUACUGUUUGUGCUGAAAAUGUGGGAUAACAUUUCCUUGAGGUACAGUCCUUAGAAGAAGAGCAUACAAAAAGAUUUCAGAUUUAUCUCUGCUUUCUCCGAGUUUAUUAGUUGUGAAAAUCAAAUUGUACUUUGGAUCUCUGUCCUCUGAGCUUCAUGAACUCUGUUUAAGUAGCCUGGGUUUUUGAAUACCACAUUGAAGUUUGGUAUCUCUUGGAUUUGAUCUUUAUGAACUGUUUCUAUUAGAUUGGGUUUUGAAGAUCAAAUUAGACAUUGAUAACUUGUUGAAAAAAAUCCAGUUUUGAAGAUUUCUUGAAGUUGUUACAAGAAGAGAGAGAUAGGAAAGAAGAAACAGUAAAAAUUUGGGCUCUGUGUUCUUAUUUCUAUUUACUUUAUUUUGCUUGAUACGGAAUAUUUCAGUGCUUCAUUGUGCACUUAACCCAAGAAGCGAUCAGUGCGAACUUGGGCAUUUUCUCUAUCUACUUUAUUUAGUCUGAAGAUUGAGAAACUUGACCCCUAAAGGAAUGCAUUUUGACACCUUUCCUGCACACCCAUCUCUCCUUUUAAGCUAAAGAAAAUGGGGUGUGCUUGAACUUGGAAAUCUACUCACUCUAUUGUGUUUAGUCUGUGCAUGGAGAAAUUUGAGCUCUAGAGGAAAGCACUCUCCACCCUGCCUACUAUUCUCUCUCCCCUUGACUAAGGAAAAUGGGUUGUGCUUCUUCAAGAGUCGACAAGGAAGAGAAUGUGCAGAGGUGUAAGGAGAGGAGAAGGUUAAUUAAGCAAGCAGUGGCCUGUAGAAAUGAGUUCUCCAACUCUCUCAUGGCCUACUUACAAGCUCUGAGAAACACAGGGGUAACACUACGACAAUUUGCUGAAGCUGAAUCCAUGGAGUUAAAUUCUCUCACUCCUUCUUUUAUGCCACCUCCCCCUCCACCUUUACCCCCUUCACCUCCACCCGCACUUCCAUUGAGUCCCCUUCAAAGAUCAUCUAGCCCUGGAACCAUUUCUUCUGACUUCACUGCAAAAACCAUAGUCACCAUUGGAGAAAACAAUAGCAAGAACACCGAUGUUAACAACACUGAUAGUAAUAAGGUUUGUCAAGAGAGUAUGGACAUUGAUCAUGGUGUUGAUACCCCUCCUCCUCCUCCAGCUCAAGGUUCAGCUUGGGAUUUUUGGGACCCAUUUGGGUCUUCUUUGAAUCCUAAUCCAAAGAAAGUGCCAUGCUUAGAAGAUCAGAAAAAGGAAGGCAAUUUGACUGAGGACGAAGUUUGGGCAGAGACUAAUACAGAGUUUGAGGAGGAUGUAUUCAUGGAGAGCGAGGUUGAUUUGAUUUUGAAUCCGAUUCAUGAGAAAUCGGUGGCGAAAGAGAUGGAAGAUAACUCUUCGAUGGUUAGCUUUUCAAAGCCUCUUCCUGAGAAAUCACCAGCUAGAGAGAUGGAUGAUAGCUCUUCAAUGGUUAGUUGGUACACAAAGGACACAGAUUUGGCCAUGGUGGUUUGGAGGACAAAGAGGAGCUUGAUGGGGAUUGUUAAGGAACUGGAUGACUACUUCCUUAAGGCUUCAGCAGGGGGCAAAGAGGCUGCUGUGCUUUUGGAGAUUAGUAGAAGCCUUAGCCUGCAUCAUGGCUAUGAAAGAAACAAGAAGAGUAGCUUCAAGUCUGCAAAGGUUUUCAGCGCAUUGUCUUGGAGUUGGUCCUCUAAGAAUAGAGAUACAGUUGAAAAUUUCAGUUUUGAUGGUUCCUUCAGGCAUGACAGCCAUUGCACAACCUUAGAUAAGCUCUAUGUUGAGGAACAAAGGCUCUACAAAGAAAUUAAGGGAGAAGAGAUUGCAAAAUAUCAGCUCAAGAAGAAGAGUGGGUUGUUGCAGAGACAGGAAGCUCGAAACAAAGAUGGGGUAAAAAUAGAGAAGGCCAGAUUGAAUGUUGAGGGAUUGCAGUCACAGAUACAGUCUUCUCACCUCUCCAUUGAUUCUCUUCUCUCAUCUAUCUCAAGACUAAGGGAGGAAGAAUUGCAUCCACAGUUGGUUGAACUAGCUGCUGGGUUGAUGCAUAUGUGGAGAACAAUGUAUGAGUGCCACCAAGUUCAAAACCAUAUAGCCCAACAACUCAACCACCUGGACCACCCAAGCUCUGAACCUACAACCGAGCACCAUCGCCAAGCUGCUCUGCAACUCGAGGCCGAGCUCUCCUCGUGGUACACAAGCUUCUGUCGCCUUCUCGAGUCCCAUCGAAACUAUAUUCGUUCUAUCUCCUCAUACAUUAGGCUUCGCCUCCCUAGAGAGAGAAACCCACCCAUUAACUCAGGACCCGACUUUCUCUCAUUAUGCAAAGAAUGGCAGCUAGCUCUUGAUCGCCUCCCUUACAGACCCGCCUCUGAAGCCAUCAAAAGCCUUGUAACAGUGAUUCGAUCUAUCAUCUCUCAACAAAAGGAAGAGAGGUACCAGCACAAGAGGUCUGAGAAGCUAGCGAAAUGUCUAGAGAGAGAAACAAGAGCACUAUCGGUCAUGGAGGAGAAGUUCACUGCUAGAGAGAGAAAUGAGCACUUGCGGGGCUUAGAGAGAGAGACAAAGACACUUUUGGCUACAGAGGUGGCUACAGAGGAAUCAGCGGCUGCAGCAGCAGAGUUGCUCCCAUGGGGCUUAGACGGAGAAACAAAGGCCUUAUCAAUUACAGAGGAGCUCAGCUCUAGGGAGAGAAAUGAGCUCUCAGGGGUCUUGGAGGGAGAAACAAAGACAGUAUCAGCUACAGAGGAGUUCGAUGCUAGAGAGAGAAAAAAGCCUUCUGGGGGCUUAGAGAGAGGAGCUCUUGAGGCGGCUAGAGAGCGAAAGGAGAAACCGCUCUUGGUAAAGCGAGCAAAGGUUGAAACUCUGAAGAAGAGGGCAGAGGAAGAGAAAGGGAAGCACGAGAAUUCAGUGAGAGUGAGCAGGGCCAUGACUUUGAACAAUUUGCAAACUGCAUUGCCUAAUGUGUUUCAGGCCAUGAUGGGGUUUACAAGCAUUUGCACUCAGGCUUUUGAAGCCAUUAAUGGGCAUGCAAAAGCAGGUUAUCAAGGUGCUGAUAUAUGUGAAAUGUAUCUCUAGAGAGAGCAGCUUUUCUUCAGUCUUUUGGGUAGUUAGGGAGAGAAGCUUGGGUAGUUUGAGAGAGGAGUGUCUCUUCCUUCUUCUGUGAAGUUGGAGAGAUAAACUUGGGUGGUUAGAGGAAGAAGCUUGGAUGGAUUGAGAGAGAAGCUUUUCUUCUUCUUUUGGGUAGUUAGUGAAAGAAGCUUCCUCUUGUUGGUAUCUGGUUUAAAAGGAUUUCAGUUAUAAUGGGUAUUGAUGAAAAUGGAGAGCCUCGUUUGGUACUGAAUGCCUCCAUUAAAAUUGUUCUUGACACGAUUUGUUUUCCAGCUGCACAUCUCUCUAUCAGAGUAAUGAAUGUUGACACGAUUUGUUUUC